AACCCAAUUAGCAACGCUUCCCCUUUAAUUCCAGUCCCAGUGACGUCACUGCAUUUGACCGGUUUGUUUUGCGACAACACGUUCAGCGGUUUACGGCAUAUCAAUCCAGGCUAACAGCAUCGUUUUACAACAUAUAUUUAACGUUUUUUGUGAAUACUUCAUUCUAUUGUUGGUGCAGCAUUCAAGUCCCGCAUGUGUGUUAAAGUUUAACAGCCCAAUUCGUGAAAGACGUCGUGUUGUUACAUGUAAGAGCUUCUGUCGUUUAACUAAAUACGUGUUGCUCUUUAUACCAAUAAAGCUGGAGUUCAUGUUCGGAUCAUGAUCGUUAACCCAGAAAACUAGAUGAAGCUGAACGCGUCCCCAGGAGGAGCCUCCUUUCCAGCGGACCCCAGCACCCGCGCGCCGUGCAGGGCUUCAGUGGCCCCUCCAUGCCUGUGAUCCCCAUCCCACGACGUGUGCGCAGCUUCCAUGGGCCCCACACCACCUGCAUGCACUCUGCUUGCGGGUCGACGCACACGUCCAAGCUAGUGCGAACCAAGUACAACAACUUUGACCUGUACCUGCGCUCGCGCUGCAUGUACAGCUUCCUGCGCUUCCUCCUGUACUUCGGCUGCAGCCUGCUGACCUCUCUGCUCUGGGUGUCGCUCUCCGCCCUCUUCUUCGUGCAAUACGUCAGCGUCCGCGUCUUCCUGCGCCUGCAGUACAAACUGUCGGUCAUUCUGCUGCUGCUGGGACACCAACGCCUGGACUUUGGGGUUUUUAACGACCUCAUCAUCUACAGCAUGCAGAUCACCAUGUUUCUGGUGGGGGGGCUCGGCUGGUGCUUCAUGGUGUUUGUGGACAUGUAGCUGAGUAAAACAAUGCACACCUGUAGCAUAGCACGUGGGACUAUUUUUCCUAUCCAAAAAAGUAGUUUUAUAUAAAAUCUUUUAUUUUGAAGGGACAUAAACACCCUUCUGUUUCAUUUUAUGAUUUGCUGAGUAAAAUACUGUUUUAGAAAUAUCAAAGGAAUCAAUCAGAACGUGGCAAGUCUUAAAUAAAGAAAGGACCUACAGCUAUAUAUAUAUAUUAUUUUAUUUUUUUGUUCUGCACCCUUGGUUUCCACACAUUUUAGGUGUAGUCUGGUUUACAGUCAGCCGAACUGUCAUUGUUGUGGAAAUGUGACCGAUGUUCAUCAUGACAGAUGUGAUGUUAGUUUUUGUGCCAACAACUACUUAAUUUGCACUCAAAGCAGAGAAAACUGUCAAGUUGGGGGUGUCGGUACAAUGUUAUACAAGUAUGCAUUCAUGUCACACAUGAAAAUGAAUUAUGAGGUGAUGUUUAGAUGUUCUUUAGUGGGAGGAGCAUGGCGAAAGGUGGAGUCUGUGGAGCCCCGAGUGUCACACUGACAUUUUUUGUAAUGCUGUUUGAUACAUUUUCGACCCAUAAACAGUUUAAAACGCAUAACUGGGUGUUUUACUGUGUGAUCCAACAGCCGUGAUGGCAUGCCUCGAGCAGUGUCAUAAGAGUGUGUAAUAGUUCAUCUGCAGCAGCUUUGGGUCAAGUGUUUCGUCAGUCGCUCUUCACAUGGUUCCAGAGAUGUUGCUCUGACAGACUUCUCUGUUUAGCUUCCUCCAGCACGCAAACGUGGGUCAUAACAAGACCCCGCUCUUUGUGCCAAGCAUAACAAUGGAUGUGGCUGUGUCCCAAUCACCUUAUAUAGUCGCAUUUUCACUUGGCAUGAUUGGAGCUUCAAGGAACUUCACCGAGCUACAGGAUGAGGAUCUGAAAUGUGGAUCUUAACACGGAUCUGCUCCUGCAUGCAAGACAUUUUCAUGUUUAUCGUCCAAAGAACAAUAAGCAAAUGAGGUUGCAAACAAAAGUGCCAGGUUUAGACAUGAACUUUUGACACUGUAGCUGGUGGGCUGCUUGAGACAUGCUUGUGGCCUGUAUAUGGCCUCAGACUGGAAAUGGAUAAUCGCGGCAACAAUACACUUUUGUUCUGAGGAUAAACAGACCAUAUGCCUGAUAUUUCUGAGCCAGGGCUGAUCUGACUGCCCACUGGGGCCAAAAAGAGAACUGAAGAUUGUUUUUAUGAUGCCAAAGUAGCCCCGAAAGUACAGUGGACGAGUGAGUGACUGUCCAUUUUCAUUUCUCCUUUUUUGUUUCCAGAGCUGAAGCAAAGUGCCUUGUGUGAAUGACUUAGCUGUUUUAUUAACCAGCAGUCGCUUCUCAGUUCUUGAACUAUUAACCUUGCUAUUAUCGUAAAUCAUAAUACCUCAAAUUUGCACUCGUGCACUCUUAAACAGAGAAAUGCAGCAGUUUAAAAGCAUAAUAUUGACUUUCAGUUUAUUAUUUUUCUUCGUUUAAACUAUAUGUUGGCAACAUUUCUGCUGUUUGUGUGAUCACAACUAACGAAUGUGUCAAAAAGAGAGAUCCCUUCGUUUUACCCCAUCAAAUAAAGAUAUUUCAGGUAAAAACAAAUGAAAUAAGAACAAUACAUGGAAUUCACUUUGUCAAUAAAAAAUACUUUUUUUUAAAUUUUUUAAAUAUUUCAAACCUGCUAAUAAAAAAAAAAAAACAAGGUUAAGCUUGCAAACCCGCUCUUGGAAGCCAACUACUUCCAUUUACCCUAACAAGUUCCUAUCUCCAUUGUACAGCUGCCUCAUGUCUCCUCGUGACUCUACUGUUGUUGACUCAUGUUGGUUCCAUGUAAAUGAGUUGAUUAUAUGUUAACUGCGUGGUUGCUGCCCCUCGAUCCUGUAAACACCAUUACUAUGACAGAUUUAAAUAAAAAUAAGAACAGGUUUACCAGAUAGCUCUUGGGCCUUAGCCUCCUUAGGAACCUACAGCUUGAUCUAUAACAGGUCUCAAGGAAUUUACAAAAAUGACCCAAACCUAAGUAGCCCCUAAAUGAAUGUUACCUGGAGUUGAAGCGGUUAUUUCAAAACUCUUUUACCCCUUCAUGGGGUAUCUCCACAAUGUUUGGGAAACUAAUGUAUUUUUUGUAUUUUUUUUUUUUUAAAUGUAAAUUAGCCAAAAAUGUAUUCAAGUUAUAAAGUUUUUUUUUUUUUAAAAACCAAUGUCCAUCUUGCUGGAUGUGAUGUAGUCACCUAAACUGCAUUUUAUUCUAAUGUCCCAUACAAUCAUUAAAUAUCUACUUUAAUCAUC